ACAGAAUUUUUGGUUUCACAGAGGUACAACAAUUUGGAGUAGGCCAGGCGAGGCAACAAAUUUGUGGGCAUGGCGGACAAAUGAAUAUCACCGCAAUGGUCUCUCAGCCUUCCCUUAAUAAAUGGGGCGGAAAAUGCACUAAAAAAACAAAGCCCUAGAAACCAUGUUUGAAAUGUACAAUUUUUGCAAAUUGUCCUGAGGAAUGAGGAUAUAUUCAAGGGUUGCUAUUGAACCUUAGGUAUGCUCAGGUUCCUUUUCUUCCUCUCUUAAAUAAGUUAAAUGUAAUUCUUGUCUUGCUGCAAUUCCUUUCAAUUGGAUAAUAAUCAAUUGAUGCACUUGAUUAAUUCAUUAUUUAUUUUAUGAAUUCAUGAAUGAAUACCAAAUAGAUCAAUAUCUGUUGUUUAUCUAGCAUCAUUUGAUGUUUCUCCAAAGCCAUGGACACUGAAAACAAUCCCACAGACAAUAGAUUUGUUAUAUUAUAAAGGUGUAUUAUGUGCAAUCCUAACCAUAUUUUGAUCCUAAUACGUUUUGUGUGUGUCAGGGAAAGAAGAAGACGUAAAAGGAUUUGAUGUAGGCAGAAGGGAAGGAAGUAUCCUUGGAUCUGUAACAAUCCUCAAUAAGGUUUGUGCAUAUCCGAGGGGAAGAUAGGAAUGGAGAAUGGUCUUGAAAAUGAAAACCCUUUGAAGCCCCUCAAGGCUAUCCCCGACAAUGGCGUUGAUGAUGAUCAGCAGCUUCUUGAAGGCACACCAACAUCUUCUGGUUCCUCUUCACCUUCGACCUCACCUUCCGCGUCCUCAUCUCCUUCUUCUUCUUCUUCGUCGUCGUCUUUUGAAGACGAAUCAGUCGAUCCCGAAAAACCUCAGCACUCACCUACCCCUGAAUCUUUAUCGUGUCCUGACAUUUCAACCCAUACACCUCAAUGGAGCAUGAUGAGCGGUUCUCCUAGUAAUAGCUCUCUCUUAUCAUCAUUCCCAGAAAAUCGAUCGCUUCCAUCAAUCCCAUCUGUGACGGGGCAACCUGCAGGGUAUGAUCCCAAUCGUAUCCCGCUUACCGUGUUUGACAGCAGCAGGUCCAAUGCACCAGGAAUGGAUUGGAGUGUUGCUUCAACUGAGUCGUUGUUCAGCAUUCACAUGGGUAAUGCUAGCUUUUCUAGAGAACAUGCUCUUCUUAUGAUGAACAAGUCCGGUGAGCUCAUAAAAACCGAAGAUGGGACUGCUUUGUUUUCUUCUGAAGCUACUAAGUAUGGCAACGAUCGUAAGAGCUUCUCCUCUACACUUCCUCCAGUUAUGGAAGGUGGGGCUCUAGAUAAUGAAGAGAAGAGUGAGGCUUUACCAGUGCCACUGGAAUCCCAUGUUGAAAGUCCAAAGCCAGUUUCCCCUAAGCAAAAACCAGAAUCGAGUAGCAAAAUUGCAGCGUCUAGUGAAAUCCAUUCAUUUGCUAUUAACUCUGCAAACACGUCAGAUGGAAGAAGUGGAACUGCUACUGGUCUAAAUGCCCCACGGCUUUCUGAUGAGAGUGGGACGAGCAGCAGUUCCUUUGCUUUCCCAUUGCUGGUGAACGAUGGUGGAAAUGCUGCGUCAUUGAAAUCGGUGCCCGAAAAAGCAGAACCAGAACAGCUAGAGUCACAAUCACAGGAAGGAAACUCAAAAGAAGAGCCGAGAGAGGCUGAGACCAGUUGGUUCUCAUACUUGUUUUGUUUGAGGCGCUGUUCCUGAUAUAUAGAGGGGGCUCUUAAAUCUUUUGUAAAGAUUUUUUCAAAAAAGUCAUCUGAUGUGCGUGCUAGAACUCCUAGAAGUUUUGGAAGUCGGAGACUGGAGGUGGCUAACUUCAUUAUACAUUUGUAUAACAUUUUUUGUGCAUGUCGGGGACAUAUAUAUAUAGGGAAUGAGUUGGGUAUUGAAUCUGCAUGGUGCAUUCAAGCUUCAAUUGGUUGAAUAUCAAUUAGGAACUAUGAUGAAUUAAGAAGUAAUGCUUUCACACA